AUGGACGCCGAUGAACUUGAGGUCCAGUUGCAGGCUAUCAGCGACGAGCAGGUCUCGGAGCCAGGCCUGCAGCCGCCACAACCGCCCACUCCAUCGUCUAGUACGCCCGCUGCCUCGCCUUCACGUAGCAGCACUAGGCGCGCGCGUGUUGAUACCGAUGAAGACCAGGAUCGUGAUCGCAGGCAUCCUUCGCAGCGAGUCCACGUCAAUAAUCUUACUCCCGUCGCCGCCAAUGGUCCUCAGACAGCUCAGCCUCUUCCUCGGAUCCAUUUACCUUUCCGAAGUGGUCCGGGCGUUCCUCCAGGCGCUGCCGCUAAUCCCGACACUUUCCGUAUCUGGCAGCAUUUUAUGCAGGGUAUUCCUGGACUCCCUAACGCACCUAACGCUACUGGAGUACCACCUAAUAACGCACAAGAACUACCAGCCGGACAGCCACAGAAUGGUCAGACUGGUCAUCCAAUGUUGGGUCUCUUUGGGAUCACUAUUGAUCUGGGUGCUGACCCUCACGUUCAUACUCAUCCGCCUCCCAAUCCCACUCAUGGUCAGCCCCAACACCCCCACCAACAUGUGACGCCGCCUAUGUUCAACCUCCCGACGGGAUUCGUGAACGUUGGCGAUGGUAAUGCAUUCGCCGAAUUGUUGGCGCGCUUUGGAGGGAUGAUGGGCGGUCCUGAGUAUGAGCAGGAGGAUCCUGAGAGGGCUAAGCGUCUUGUAAAUGGCUUAGAGGAGGUGCCUAUCGGCCUAGUUCGACGACUUGAACGGGUUGGCGCCGUGGGAGGUGCAGACGAUAAUGCAGUAGGCGGCAGUGGCGGUGAUAGCGGCUGUGCCAUCUGCUGGGAUCGUUUGUUGGAUGGCGAUGGGAACCAGUUUGGCAAAGAGGAGGAAAGUAUCAAGGAAGAUGCCCAUUCUUCCCCAGAUGCAGCCCACUCGAUUCCUGAAUCUUCUACCACCGAAGAAGCCGUUAUGCAUGACGGCUUGUCGGAGUCAAAGACCUCCACCCACUCCACCCCCCAGUCUCUCCAUCCUAAAAUCGUCGCCUUGCCGUGUGCUCAUGUCUUCCAUGCCUCGUGCCUCAUCCCUUGGUUCUCACGGCCGCGACAGACUACUUGUCCUACUUGUCGUUUCAAUGUUGAUCCGGAGAAUCUGACCUAUGUUACACGACGGCGGACUCCAAGGUCUGCGCCUGCACCAGUCGGUGCGCCGGCCACGCCAGCAACUACUAGUGAUGAAGAUACGACCCCUCUCGUUAAUGCAAGUAGAGAUACCCCGAUAGCUAAUGUUACUCCCGCAACUGAGUCUCUACCGUCUCCGCCCAUGGAUGCAGGUACUGGUCCAGCUACUGAUAUUGGUGGUCCUGGACUGGAUGUUCCUCGAAAUUCGAUCUUCACACAGGCACUUUUCAAUACAUUGAUGAGGAUGCAUCCGAUAGCUACUCCAACCGCUCCCUCCGAGAACACGUCACGGCAGCCCGGUGCUCCAAAUCCGAAUGCUGAUGCACUUCGGAAUGGAGGACCCUUGCCUCAGGUAUCAGCUGCAGAUCUUGUGAACUUAUUCAUGGCAGGCCAUUCUCCGACACAAGCUCAAGGGCUCGCGCCUCCUAGCGUUCCGCCCAGCCCGACACCACGUGUAGCCUCAGGUCAAGAUACGACACCUUCCAACGAUAAUGAUCUCCCCCUUCUUGAGCUUAUCGAUACACCCCUUCCUGAAACCGCCGCGCCAACGACCAAUGCACAACCAGCUCCAGCACCUGGCCAGCAGCAAGCUCCCUUGGACCAUGGCCAUGAUCAGCAUCCGGAUGGAGACGAUCAGGGCUUCGUCACAAUUGGAUUCGAUAUGAUCUUCGGGCCAGCUCCUAGGGAAGGUGGUGCAGACGAUGUAGUUAUGGACGACUUACCAGGUAACUUAGACCUUCAUGGCGAAUUCGAUUUAGCGGGUGCCUUUGAAGAUCAUAUGAAUCAGUUUGACCAAGCUAUGCACCGUAUCCCUGUUCCUCCGCCACCUGAUAAUCAUGGACCUCAACCUGCACACAAUCCCCCACAACAAAAUAACGCUCCUUCCGUCCAAUCUGAAACCCAUAUUCACAUUCACCGUCCUGGUCAUGGAUUGGAUGGUGGAAUGCACUUUGCCGCGGGGUCUGGCCGCACCAUGGCACAGGCUCUUGCCCAAUUAAACCGACAUGUACAAGCACAAGCUGCACAAGCUGGUGCUCAGCCAGAUCAAACUAAUCUGCAGCAGCCUCAGCUUCCGCCCCUCUUCCCUUUCAUACCACCGCGAUUCCGCGAGAGAGCUGGGAAUGUUGCAGCUGGUGCAUCACCUCCAUCUGGACCUGGAGCUGGUGCGGCACCACUACCACCACCACAGGCAACCCCUACUGGAGCACAUGGGAACGCCAAUGUCCGUGGUACUGGGCUUCCUCAUUUUGCACAGUUCCUUCAAGGGGCGGGGUUACCUAUGGGUACAGCAGGCACAGUUCCUCCAUUCAUUAUCGGCGGUGGUGCGAACCCGCGCCGUCAACCCCGUCAGCCUUCCGAAAGGAAGAAGUGGACACUGCCGCCUGCUCCAGGACCUACACUGAGGCAGCAUUUAGAAAGAAAAGAGCGUGAAGCGGGAUUGCGGUGCUAUGAUAUGAGUUGUGGGGUCGGUCCAUCGGAUGAAGAUCCUUACGUGAUUAUGUCGGAAAAGCAGUUGCACAUCCAGCGCCGCAAGACCAAGAUGGAGCAGGGCAGUGUGGUCUGCGAACAUACCUUUCAUCCGUCAUGUUUGGUAAGUGCCCAGCGAGUUGCCUUGAAGGGUGCCGAUGAGAAUGUUGAAGGAGAGGAUGUCGAGGUAUCUUGUCCUGUGUGUAGAGCGGACGGUGUGAUUUUGAAGGAAGACUGGCAAGAAGGUGUCCGUGCUUUGGCUUGA